GGGGGAUGAGUUUGUCGGGGAGUGGUCUGAAUGGAACUGUCUGAAAUCACCUCCUCGUGUCAAGAGAUGAGUGAUAUUAAGGAACUGUAACUGAACUGAAGACUCAGGAACAACUGGACCCUAGCUUGGGUGUUGAGCCCUAAUUUGUGAAGAAACAGCUGCAAAACUGCAAAUCCCAGGAUGCUUUUCACUAACGAGCACAGUACACAGGUGUCUGUAAAGUUCACACAUGCUCAGUGUGGUGGUUGGAGCCUUUUUCCAUAGGCUCCUGACUAGGUUAAAUAAGGUGGAGCAAAUGGCCCCACCCCAAAACCAGUCUUUAGGGUUCAGGGUUUGAGCCAAGCCCCAGGGUGGAGCCAGAAUUUACCUUUGUACUUCAUGCGGGUCAGGGUUGGUGGUAACUGCCUGGGUGGGUCUAGAACUGGCUGCCAUCCUGACACGUCUCAGAGCUGCAAGCAGGUUUGAAUCCAGGGUCCUUGUGGCCCUGUUCCUUGGUUCCUGCCCCCCUCCUCCUCUUAUUCUUUAGCCUUUUCCCCUGGGGACCUCCCCACAGGGUACCAGGUCUCAUAUAAUUCCUGCUGCCCCUGAGGACCCCUGUGGUAGUCACAGGAUUUUUACUAUCUGACUACAGGGUAAUAGUUCACUUUUGAUACUCCCUUACUUGGAGACUCAAAUCUCCACUAUUUCCUGGCAGGCAAGAAAUGUUGGGAAAGAUGGACUCCAGUACAUUAUCACGUGAGGGUACAGGUUAGGGAUCAGGGCUGAGGUGGGAGGAUGGUGUUAGCCACCAAAUAUGAGGCCUUAAUGACUGCCCUGCCUUCUGUAGGUCCUGCCAGUCAGCCACCAUGGCCUCUCAGCUUCUCGGGCUGGCAGAAGAGUCUGGCCCAAGCCCUGGGGAGUCUGAACUGGCUGUGAACCCCUUUGAUGGGCUCCCCUUCUCUUCCCGCUACUACGAGCUGCUUGAGCAGCGCCGAGCCUUGCCCAUCUGGGCUGCUCGCUUUAUCUUCUUGGAGCAAUUGGAGAGUAGCCCCAGUGGAGUGGUGCUGGUGUCUGGAGAGCCUGGCUCUGGCAAGAGCACCCAGAUCCCUCAGUGGUGUGCAGAGUUUGCACUGGCCAGGGGGUUCCAGAAGGGCCGGGUAACUGUCACUCAGCCCUACCCUCUGGCAGCCGUGAGCCUGGCCCUGCGGGUUGCUGAUGAGAUGGACCUGACCCUGGGUCAUGAGGUUGGAUACAGCAUCCCCCAGGAGGACUGCACUGGGCCCGACACCCUGCUCAGGUUUUGCUGGGACAGGCUGCUUCUGCAGGAGGUGGCCUCGACCCGGGGCACUGGAGCCUGGGAUGUGCUGGUGCUGGAUGAGGCUCAGGAGCGGUCAGUGGCCUCAGAUUUGCUCCAGGGGCUGCUGCGAGAUGCCAAGCUGGGAAACCUUCCAGGGGACCCCAGAGUGGUUGUGGUUACUGACCCAGCCCUUGAACCUAAGCUCCAAGCCUUCUGGGGCAAUACUCCUACUGUGCAUGUACCCAGAGGGCCUGGCGAGUGUCCCACUCCUGUCUACAGGGACUCUGUCCCCACUGACCGAGUAGAAGCUGCCUGCCAAGCUGUGCUUGAAUUGUGUCAGCAGGAGGCUCCAGGAGAUGUGCUUGUGUACCUGCCCAGUGAGGAGGAAAUUUCCCUGUGCUGUGAAUCCUUGUCCAGGGAGGAGGGGCCCUUGGCUCUCCAAGGGCCUCCACCAUGGGUGCUGCCCCUUCACCCAGGCCAUGGUCAAGGCGUUCAGGCUGUGUACGAGGACGUUGAUUCAGGUGCCCGAAAGGUCGUGGUCACUCACUGGCUGGCGGACUUCUCCUUCUCCCUCCCUUCCAUCCGACAUGUCAUUGACUCAGGACUGGAGCUUCGAAGUGUUUACAAUCCUCAGAUCCGAGCAGAAUCCCAAGUGUUGAGGCCAAUCAGCAGGUGUCAGGCAGAGGCAAGACGACUGCGGGCAAGAGGGGUCACACCAGGGUCCUGCUUCUGCCUGUAUCCUAAGUCUUUCCUAGAGCUAGAGGCUCCCCUACUGCCUCAACCCAGGGUGUGUGAGGAGAAUCUGAGCCCCCUGCUAUUACUACUAAAGAGGAGACAGAUUGCAGCGCCAGGGGAGUGUCACUUCCUGGACCGGCCUGCUCCAGAAGCACUGAUGCAGGCCCUGGAAGACCUAGACUAUCUGGCAGCCCUGGAUGAUGAUGGGGACCUGUCAGACCUGGGAGUCAUCCUCUCAGAGUUCCCCCUGACCCCUGAGCUGGCCAAAGCCCUGCUGGCCUCGUGCGAGUUUGACUGUGUGGACGAGAUGCUCACCCUCGCCGCCAUGCUCACGGCUGCCCCUGGGUUUACCCAUCCUCCACUCUGUGCAGAAGAAGCUGCCUUGCGUCGGGCCCUGGAACACGCAGAUGGUGAUCACAGCUCUCUGAUCCAGGUGUAUGAAGCCUUUAUACAGAGUGGAGCAGACAAGGCUUGGUGCCAGGCUCGGGGUCUAAACUGGGCAGCAUUGUGCCAAGCCCGUAAACUUCGAGGAGAACUCCUAGAACUCAUGCAACAAAUUGAACUUCCCUUGUCCCAACCAGCGUUUGGCUCUGAGCAGAAUCGCAGAGACCUUCAGAAAGCACUGGUGUCAGGAUACUUCCUUAAGGUGGCCCGAGACACAGAUGGGACUGGAAAUUACCUGCUCCUAACCCAUAAACAUGUGGCCCAGCUCUCCCCACACUGCUGCUACCGAAGCCGCCAGGCUCCAGCCAGACCCCCACCAUGGGUGCUCUACCACAGUUUCUCCAUUUCCAAAGACAACUGCCUUUCCAUUGUUUCUGAGAUUCAGCCACAGAUGCUGGUGGAAUUGGCCCCUCCAUACUUCCUGAGUAACUUGCCCCCCAGUGAAAGCAGAGACCUCCUGAACAAGCUGAGGGAAGAAAUGGCAGAUUCUUCAACAGGGAGUGAAUCCUCCUCCACCCAAGAGCUUGGAGAUGCCUGUGUCCUGCAGUGACCUGCCUAAGGAAUGGAGCUGAGCCCAUCUCAUCACAUUAGAUCCUCCCCCAGGCUAGCCAAGACAGCCAGCCAGAUUUAGAAGCCCAAAGUUUAGGGUCAGAUGUAAAUCCUGGAAUCUGAGUCUCAAGAAAUGAUGGGCUGGGAGUGGAAGGAAUCGGGUAAGCCAUAGUCCACAUAGGGUAGGACCCUUUCUUUGGCUUUUUUCUAUUUAUUGGAGAGGCACUGACA